AUGACGAAGGACCCGGCAACGUUCCCUGAAGGGGAACGUUUCGUCGCGGUGAGCAAACUCAAGGAGGGUGGCCUCCUGUAUGAGACGUCGAACGCGAGCAUGGCCAAGUGGCUUCUAAAGACGGAUAACAUGACCGCGUUCACGAAGGGUUUUGGCUACGAGGCUGUGAUCCGAGAGAGGGGCUACCUCGUCUUCUUCCGUAACGUUCCAGCGUACUUCCAACCCAGCGAGCAGGCGUAUCGCGCGCUUGAAAGGGAGAACGAUUGGGCCAGCCGGAGUCUAAUGACUUGUCACUGGAUUAAGCCAGUCGACAAGCGCAAGCAGGGGCAGAUGACGGCCCACAUGUUGGCCAAGUUCCGUACGCUCAAAGCAGCGAAUGCGGCGUUG